UUCGCUGAGAACGAAUCUGCAAUUAUUUCGCUUUCGUGGUGACAAUUCCUUCAUGUCACGAACUAAUCGCAUUUCUCGUGUAGUCAUGCAAUAGGCAAGAAAUCGUUUCAAAAUUUAGCGGAGAAGCGAUAUCCGUUGAAACUUGCGAAGAAAAUGCGUGUGGCCGUCGUAGGCGCCGGUGUAAUAGGAGUAUCAAGUGCGUUUGCUGUGAAAAGCGUUUUUCCAAGUUAUGAUGUGAAGAUCUUCGCUGAUGCAUUCUCACCUGAUACCACUGGCGAUGGAAGCGCUGGUUUAUGGACUCCUUUUCUCCUCGGUGAUACACCUGCUGAGGACAUAAUUCGUUGGGCUGGUAACACACAUCAGUGGUUCGAGCAAUUUUGGAAAGCCGGAUUAUCAUCGAAAACGGGUGUUUCUCUACUGCCUGUAACUUAUGUUACUAGUGAUUAUGAGGAUUACGUUGAGCCAAUAUGGGUAAAAUUUGUCUAUGGCUUCCAAAAACUAAGUAACGAAAGAUUACAACGCUUAAGUGAGGAACACAAGUGCAAUUACAAACAAGGUAUACAAUAUAUAACUUAUACUGCUGAACCGGUUCUACUCCUGCCGUGGCUCAUGGAAAAGUUUGUUUCUUUGGGCGGAGAAAUAGAAAGAAGGAACAUUAAAAUGUUGCACCAAUUAGCAGAAGAAGGGUAUGAUUUAAUAAUAAACUGCAGCGGGCUCGGUGCACGAGAACUCGUCGCAGAUGAAACGAUGACGCCUAUUAGAGGUCAGGUGUACAGGGUAAAAGCACCUUGGGCAAUGCAUUGUUUUUUGGCGAACGAUGAUGCCUCAUGCAAUUACAUUAUUCCUAAUAUCCACAGCGUCGUAAUAGGUGGUACUCAUCAAGAAGGUGAUUUCGAUCGUUCCGUACGAGAGAAGGAUUCGAAACACAUUUAUGAUGGAUGUUGUCGUAUAAUGCCGUCUCUAAAGGGGAGUGAAAUAAUACGCGCGUGGGUGGGCCUUCGACCAGGGCGACCGCGAGUUCGUCUGGAGUGCGAGAGCCUCAACUUGUCCAUGGGAAAAGAGUUCAAGAUGAUACACAAUUACGGCCACGGCGGAAGUGGCGUGACGCUGUGCUGGGGGUGCGCCAUGGAUGUCGUGGAGAUGAUAAAAAACUUAAAAGUACCUGAAUUAAACUCCAAACUGUCGCAAUACGAUCUAUAUCGGCCAUACAGCUUUUCUUUCGCAACAGCAUUUGACGUUUUAACGUUCGUCAUCAAAAUUAAACAAGAAAAUCGAAACGAGAGCGUAAACGGUCAAAGCAUCAAGUCCGCAAAGAAACGACCCUGCAAGUCAUUUCAAAAUUGUACACAGAAAUAUAUUAAUCUCAACAAUUCCUCGGACUUAUCGCUUGCAAACAACAGAAUAAGUGUCGCCAAGCAUGAUUUCGAGUGGCUUCACUGGAAGAUCACCACAAAUAAAGGCAAUAACACAGAUGCAUUAUGCAAAGGAAGUGAUUCAAAGCGACACAAAGAGGAUGUGGAAGAAACGUCAAAGACGACCAGGAUUAAAAAAAAGCGGAGAUUUUUAACAAUCUGCACGGUGAAUUGCAAGUACGACGUGGUUAGACGUAUGGCCGUGCGAUUCGGAAUGAAGGAAGUUACAGAAGACAGCAGUUGGGAUCUCUAUUGGACCGAUCAAAACAUCAAUGUAGAGCGCAUCAAAGACAUGAAGAGGUUCCAGAGAGUCAAUCAUUUCCCUGGGAUGACAGAGAUAUGUAGAAAGGAUCUACUCGCUCGUAAUCUCAAUCGCAUGCAGAAGCUAUUUCCGAAGGACUAUAAUUUUUUCCCAAAAACUUGGUGCUUUCCCGCGGAUCACGGUGACGCAAUGGCUUACGCCAAGGCGCGGAGAUCAAAAACCUUCAUCAUCAAACCGGAUGCCGGCUGCCAAGGUCGUGGCAUUUAUUUAAUAAAACAUUUAAAGGACAUCAAAUCAAGCGAUCGCGAACGUUUGAUCUGUCAAGUAUACAUCGCAAGGCCCUUCUUAAUAGACGGAUACAAAUUUGAUCUACGUAUUUACACACUAAUCACGUCAUGUGAUCCUCUCAGAAUUUAUGUGUAUAACGAAGGACUCGUGAGAUUUGCAACCAGCGAAUACAAGGAACCGAUCGGAUACAAUAUUUCUAAUAUGUUUAUGCAUUUGACAAAUUAUUCUGUUAACAAGCAUAGCCAAAUGUAUAUUAUUGAUGAUGAAAUUGGUAGCAAAAGAAAAAUAUCGACAUUGAUUAAGUGGUUUAAAACGAAAAAUGUCGAUGUAGAUGAAUUAUGGAGUAAAAUCGACGAAAUUAUAAUUAAAACUAUAAUCGUCGCAUAUCCUGUAUUGAAACAUAAUUACCAUGCAUGCUUCUCGAUGCACAAUAUGAUUUGCGCGUGUUUUGAGCUAUUGGGAUUCGACAUUUUGCUCGACUGGAAGCUCAAGCCUUACCUUCUUGAAGUAAAUCACUCGCCAAGCUUUCACACAGAUGCACAGAUAGAUAGAGACGUAAAGGAAGGAUUGCUGAUGGAUACCUUCGAUAUAUUAAAUUUACAAUACGAUAAAAAGAAAAUAAUAGAGGAAGACAGGAAGCGAAUUAGAGAGCGCCUUCUUCAAGGUUUAAACGGAAAAGAUCUCAGGCAAUCAAUUAAUGACUCGGCUUCGAUGAAAUCCGAUAGAAACGAGAACAAUUACAUGCAGAGGCAAUUUCAGUGGGAGGACGACCACAUGGGCAAUUUCCGAAGAAUUUAUCCAUGUUUUGAUGAGGAUAAAUAUCAGUCUUUCUUCACACAGAAUACCUUUUCCAUUUUCCAAGACACGGUGACAUCAAGAGCGCGCGAAGAAGCAUCGAGAAUAGAGAAAGAAGAGAAUGAGCUAAAAGCAAAAGAGGAAGAACGCAAACAAAUCGGGAAAUGGAGCGAGCAAAAAUUAGGCCUUGAAAGUUCAAACGCACCAAAGAAAUUGCAAGAGAAAAAUAAAUCCGUAGGCGUGAUAAGGAAAAACAUCAAUAAGCAGGAUGCGGAGAGAUCUACCCUGUACUCUUUUGAGCCUGAAAUCAUAUCGGAAUCUGAAGAGAGGAAACGAAUAACGGCUCUGGCGCAGAGAGAUUUUCUCAUCAAGAGCUACGGCUUGUUCGAGCAGAUAUACAUAGCGAUGAAGAGAAACGGUAUGUUACGACCCGCCGACGAGAAAAAGUACGGUUUGUACGGCAGGCUGGGAUUACACGCAAAUACGAAUCACAGCACAUGCUCUUCUUCGCAUAAAUCUCAUCAUCAUCAAAACGAUCACCUGGAUACUACGCAAGCAGUCGCGAACCAAUGUCCGCAUUAUUCCCUGAGAGUGAAUGAACACAAAUCGAUGAAUCAUCAACGUGAAUUUAGAAAUUCAAAUAAAAGCUCGUGGAUAACAUGCAACGAGGCGCUCGUUUACGUUCGUCCGAAAAUACCACAAAAACUGUGGAUGGAAGAAAUAAAUUCUGAUAAUCAUAUUGGACGCAUAACAAAAGCACAUAUUGCUAGAACAUUGUCGAAUACUGUUCGGCUACACACGCUCGAGAGAAGAUCCCAUUUGAUGAAAUCUAAGCUGCAUUCACGUUUUUAUCUGUCAUAACCUGCGUUCGUUUUUACAAUUAAAUGAAUUAAAUAUAAUUAUGUAGAAAUAUAAUUAUUUAUUACAACAAUUAUUUAGAGUUGAUGUUAUCACUCAGCACCGAGGAUGA